ACACCACCCAAAAGGGAAGUCAAGUCAACCAAAGGCCGCACGGGGUACAGCCCUACCCCUCCCGUCACAAAUCCCAGCGGCGCCAAGCCCAAGUCAGCGCGCGCGGCGAUGGAGCGGCGGGGGCAACAGCCUGGCGACGCGCAGCAGCCAGGCAAGGACGGCGCCGGCGACUCCCCUCCUCCACCGCCACCGUUCCUGGAGGUGAGCUGCAGGAGCUCCGGCAAGGUUCGGCGGUUCGCGGCGGGGACGACGGCCCGCUACGCGCUGCACGCCAUCAACCGCAAGCUCGGCCCCGGGGCCCCGCCGGCGCUGCACGUCGAGGCCGUCAGGGACGGCGAGGAGCCCGUCAGCUUCGGCCCCAGCGCGGCCCUCGCCGACUACGGCCGCGGCUGGAGGCUGCAGACCGUCACCGCGCACGACGCGCCCGGGAUCCAUCACGCGCCGCACGCGGACACGGCGAAACAGGGCGACAGGCAGCCGUCCAAAGAAGAUGCCGAUGGUACGGAGACAGUCAGGGGCACUUGCAUCUACGUCGCCAAGAUCGUGCUCGCGUUUGCGUUUCUCUUCCUGCUAGGUGGAUCGCUCACGUACCUGCUGGAGGUGAUCCCUGACAUGCUGCAGACUGCAUCGGCGCUUGAGUUAACUGAUUUUUUCUACGACCCGCUGACUGAAAAUGUAUGACGCAUGUAUCAUUUCAUUAGCAUUAAUUAUAUGGCAUUG